AAAAGAGUGAAGCACUUGGUUCACCUGGAGACCGUCCGACCAGAGGGAGAGCAGAUGGGAGCACAUCUGAUCACACUCAUUCCUUUUUCCAUCAAGUCACUUGUGUGCAGUGUUUCAUCAUGUGAGGACAGCAGCUGUUUGAAUGGGACAUGGGGCCCGAGCAGGGGUCUUCUCUGCAGACAGCGUCGGCGGUCAAUGCGAGCCGGACGGGGGAUGCAGGGCUCGGUGUGUCGGAGCGGGCCAGGCUGGUCCUGGAGAUCCUGAUGGUGCUGAUGUGUUUGGGGGCUGUGACAGGUAACAUUCUCGUCAUUGUCAUCGUGGCUGCAACCAAGAGUUUCCACUCAGUGACGUCUGUGCUGAUCAUGAACCUGGCAAUCAGUGACCUCCUGGUGGGCGUGGGAGUGAUGCCAUUCGUUGCUAUAUCCAUCAUGAACCGGGGAUGGGUGGAUUUUUCUGGCCUCUGUCUGUACGUGGGCUACACCUCCUCUGUUUACUGCACAGCUUCUGUUCUGACUUUAGCCGUCAUUGCCCUGGACCGUUACCACUCCAUCAUGGACUGCCUGCGCUACAGCUCCCGCUGCACCCUGUGGAGGACCUGUGCUGUGGUGGUGUGGAUCUGGCUGCAGGCUCUGCUCACCAGUUGCCCUCCCUUGCUGGGCUGGAGCUCCAUCAGCUAUGUGGCUCCCAUGUACAGCUGUGCAGUCAACCGGUCCAACAGCCCCAGCUACACAGCGUUCAUGGCUGCCCUCUCUUACCUCAUACCAGCAGGGAUCAUCCUCUUCUGCUACGUGAACAUUGUUAAGGUGGCCCGCAGCCACGCAAGGAGGAUCCAUUCACUGGAGGACUCUGUUCAGCGCAGCAGGAAUCCAGACUCAACCCUCUCUCCUGGUGAUUCAUCUCACCUGCGCUGCCCCUCCAGACUGAUUUAUCACCUAAGUGGAGAGUUUGUGUCUGAGGUCAGAAGAGAGCAGGGGAAUUACACCGGCUCUGCUCCCCCUGACACUACAGCAGAGCAGAAUAACUCAACAUCCAGACGCUUCUUCUCCUUCCUGGCUCAGACUUCUCAGCAGCACCAAAACCACCACGGCGUGCUGCGUCUCCUCCUGGUCAUUUUAGCCUUCUUCCUUUGCUGGACACCUUUCAUAGGAGUAGCCUUAGUUCAGGCUGCAGAGACUGCAAUCUCAGGCAGGUCCAGCCUGGUCCCACCCUCUGUUGUCACCUUCUCAUACCUGCUUGUGUUGCUGAACUCUGACAUCAAUCCUCUUCUGUACGCUCUGCUCAGUCAGCGUUUCCAGUCCGCUCUACAGGGACUGAGGCAGAAAAUCAUAGCUCGCCUGGGGAUUUCUAUGGCUAGUGAAGGAGAGCUGAGAGCAGAGGAGGAGGAUGGUGGAAGGAACAGCGACCCUAACACCCUGACCACCGCCCAUCUUAGUCCGCCUUCUUGGUCUGAGACUUCAGCCUGUGAAGAUUACUCCUCUGUUUUCACUGUCAGCACUAACUUCAAACAUUAUUCAAGAGAGAAUCUAUGCAAACUGUGCCACCAUGACAAUAUCCCUCCAUCUUCUCUGAAGGAACAAGAUGCCACCAGUGGAUUUAAGAGGGUGGACUGCCUGCAGGUCCCCUCUCGAACACAAGAGGGCAGCAGACUUCCUUUUUCUGCUCUAACCAAGGAGCGCCAGGCCACCUUCUUCUAUGGCCAGAUCACUGUGAGGGUGGAGCAUGUUUGUUAGAUUGACUUUUAAAUGCAGAUUAAUUGGACUAAAAGUAACAUUAAUAAUCAUUACUAAUCUGCCAACUGCUUCCUCAAGUCACUAACUAAUAUUUUGAUCCCCAAAUGUCAAAAAAUUGUUGAAAAAAAAUACAAUUUGACGAAGCUCAAGUCUGCAUGGACUUUAUUUUGUCUGACCUGUGGUAAAAACUCAACCUUAAUUAUAAAAUGUAUAUUAUAUAUUUUACAAAGACUGGCAGAUGUUUACAAAUUAAAAAAUGUUAAACC